AUGCCACCACGGGAAAUCAAUGAACAAUCAAGCAAACUUCACAAACUUUGGGUUAAAAAGUCCAAAGAGCACGAUAAGGAUAGAGGUGAUGGCUUGAUAGGUGAAGAUUCAGUGCCUGUGCCGGUGUUACUUGAUACGGCGCAUUCGAAAGCCGUUGAAGAUGAAGAAGAUACGAUCGAGUUGCAAGGCUCAGGAGGCUAG